AUGGUGAAGCAUGACGGGCAGGCUGGCUGCUUGUUUCUUCCUUUGAGAGGGCUGAGGAGAGGAGUUUACCUUCCAGCUCUGUUUGGUCUCAUUACAUGCGGGAUCAGGUCUGUGCCGUUCCAGUCCUCUGAACAGAAGCCUCAACCCAGCGCCUCUGGAGAGCUGUCAGCUGCCUCAUCUCAGCUGGCCAGCUUGACAGGAAUGAUGUACCUGGAAGAGAGGCGCCUUGUUCAUCGAGACCUAGCAGCUCGUAAUGUCUUGGUGAAGUCACCAAAUCAUGUGAAGAUCACUGACUUUGGUCUGGCCCGACUCUUAGAAGGGGAUGAAAAGGAAUAUAAUGCUGAUGGAGGGAAGAUGCCAAUUAAAUGGAUGGCCCUGGAGUGCAUCCACUAUAGGAAAUUCACCCAUCAGAGUGACGUUUGGAGCUAUGGGGUCACGAUUUGGGAACUAAUGACCUUUGGUGGAAAACCCUAUGACGGAAUCCCAACAAGAGAAAUACCAGAUUUAUUAGAGAAAGGGGAACGCUUGCCUCAGCCUCCUAUCUGCACCAUUGAUGUUUAUAUGGUCAUGGUCAAAUGUUGGAUGAUUGAUGCUGACAGCAGACCUAAAUUCAAAGAACUGGCUGCUGAAUUUUCCAGAAUGGCUCGUGACCCUCAACGAUACCUAGUCAUUCAGGGCGAUGAUCGUAUGAAGCUUCCUAGUCCAAAUGAUAGCAAGUUCUUCCAGAAUCUCCUGGAUGAGGAGGACCUGGAAGAUAUGAUGGAUGCUGAGGAAUACUUAGUGCCUCAAGCCUUCAACAUCCCACCACCUAUCUAUACUUCCAGAGCAAGAAUUGACUCUAAUAGGAACCAAUUUGUGUAUAGAGACGGGGGCUUUGCUACAGAACAAGGUGUAUCUCUGCCAUACAGGGCCACCAGCUGUAUAAUCCCCGAAGCCCCUGUUGUUCAAGGGGCCACAGCGGAGAUUUUUGAUGACACGUGUUGUAACGGCACUCUGCGCAAACAAGUGGCUCCUCUUGUCCAGGAGGACAGCAGCACCCAAAGAUAUAGUGCUGACCCCACGGUAUUUGCAGCAGAACGGAGCCCACGAGGAGAAAUGGAUGAAGACGGGUAUAUGACUCCAAUGCGUGACAAACCCAAACAAGAUUACCUGAACCCUGUGGAAGAGAAUCCUUUUGUUUCCCGGAGAAAGAAUGGGGACCUUCAAGCUUUGGAUAACCCUGAAUAUCAUAACGCCUCCAAUGGGCCUCCAAAAGCAGAGGAUGAGUACGUGAAUGAGCCACUGUACCUCAAUACCUUUGCCAACACCUUGGGAAAUGCAGACUACCUGAAGAACAAUGGACUGCCUGGGCCGGAGAAAGCCAAGAAAGCUUUUGACAACCCUGAUUACUGGAACCACAGCCUUCCUCCUCGGAGCACCCUUCAACACCCAGACUACCUGCAGGAGUACAGCACAAAAUAUUUUUACAAACAGAAUGGACGGAUCCGGCCUAUUGUGGCAGAGAACCCUGAAUACCUCUCUGAGUUCUCCCUGAAGCCAGGCACGGUGCUGCCUCCUCCACCCUACAGACACCGAAACACGGUGGUGUAGGCCUAUCAGUGUCCCAGAAGUGGAGAGACAUUCCCUCUCCAGUGUCCAUGCCCCACCCCUUUUUGGUCCCCCCUCUCUUUCUCUUGUGGGCUUCCUCUACUUUCCAGGCCAGUCUUUUUCAAGAUACCCAAACAGAAGCUGUUAAGGAUGCACUGAGAGAAUGAAAAGUCCUGUGCUAUUCUAGUUUGGAACUUAGAAUGAAGGAAAGAAAGAGAAAGACAGGAGGGACCACGCUGUUUUCGGUUUCUCCACAUGGGGAGGUCAAGAGGACAGAACAGCCAGGGAAGGACCAGUAAAUGUCACUUGGCAGUGUUGCCUGCUGUCAAAAUAGUUCUUGAUUUUUAAAACUCAAAUGCUAUAGAGAAAGUCACGUGGUGUCUGUUUCUAUCAGCAGGAACUGAUGAGCGCAUAUUCAGCAUUCCUGGAAAUCACAAUAUAGUUUCCAUUAGGAAAAGGACAAUUUUUUAUAUCACAUAUGAUAGUAUAAUAAUUGAGAUUGAGAAUCCAAUUUCUGUAACAAUUUCUAUCCUGGCAACUGAAAAUGGCUAACUUGGCUUUCAUAACUAUUUGAGUCUCCAUCAAAGCUAUAAGAAAUAAUUAUGUGAUUUCUUGUCUUUGGCCAAUCCCUUCAUCUUAGCCCCUCUCCCAAUUUUUGGCCCUUUUUUUCUAAUUACAGAGAUUUUACAUUGAUGCUUCAGUGCAUAUCAUUUACAUUUUUAUGUGUUGAAAUAAUUUAACAAAAUUGUUUAAAUAAGAAUUCCUCUUAGGACUGCAAAAAUGGCAAAACCUCAAAUUUGCAAUUUUUUGAGGUUAAAAAGGAGGCCAAGACAUAAGAUUUAUACAACCAAAAUCUUGUUUUCAUGAUUUAUUGUAAUAAACACGAGACCUACAUACACAAAGUACAUCUCCCAAACUUUCACUGCUCCCUCUAGUCCAUUAUUGAUAAUAGUUAAAAGGCAGUAGGCAACGCUGGGUCUAAGAGACAAACCAAGAGACAGUUCCAUGUGGUUCAUGAAAACUGCUGAUAUAUUCAGGGGGUGGUCCACUGAAUAAUCUUUUAAACUGGAAGAAAAACACUGGAUUGGGUGAGCUUACAUACCUGGCAAAAUGCUAGGGAAUGUAGUUUGCACUUAAGCUACAAUUUUAUUUGUUCUCAUUCUGAACUGUUCUGGAUUUUGAAAGAAGCAAUAUGGAAGUGACCAGCAAAUUCAAAUUAUUUAAAUAUGUUUUUUUAAAAGAAUAAUGAUGAAGAAAGACUGUGGAAAUGCCAAACCAAGUAAAUUACAUCUUUGGAACAAUAUCCAGGGAUUGUGGGAGGGCCAAGCACAUUGUCUACUUGUGACAUCACAACGAUGUUAUGGAGAAAGGCCACCCAGUCCUCAUGCUCCAUAUGAAGGAAAUUGACAUGAGCAAGACCUGAGCUGAAGUCCAUGGAGUGUCUAGUAUUAGGACUAUAGUUGUUGAAUUAGAAGUUAACUCUAGCACAUAAGAUGGUAUAGUAUGUAGAAGGUUUAAAAAAAACCAGACAUGCAUGGCUCAGAGGAAUUGGGAUUAUAAAAGUAUAAAUGAUCAUGAUGAUUUUUUCCAAGCUUUGAUUUUAUUUUCUGACUCACUGAUCUUUUUUUUUUUUUUACUUUUGCAUAAUGAGUUUUAUUUAACCAUUAUGGUACCUCUGAUUUUGAAAACCUUUCCAUUGUAUCAUUGUGAAUUUUAACACUAACUAGAUGUGAGACGGUGAUGGGCCUAGUGGCAGUAAUAAGAGCUUCAGAUGCACUAGAAAUGUUCUUCUUUGGGGUGUGAGUAAAAAGAAAAAUUCUACCUAAGAUAGACUUAGAGAUACAUUCAAAUCUAAAAUUUAAGCAAUUUCAUUGAAAACGAUCACUGACCUUAUAGAGGGGGUUUGGGGAAACCCCAGAGUAAAGGCCAUUUUUCUAUAUAGUUUGUAUGAGUAAAUUGCCUUAGAGUGGCCAUUGAGUUUCUUUAUUUGUACAUAUCUUAUUAGACUCUUAUCAUUCAGGGACUGUUAACAGAGACUGAAUUUUAUUUUUGUCCUCUGUAAUUUGGAAAGAGUACCUUGUGAUUUCAUUCAGAGAGCAUGGGUAAUCGAGAUGCUGCUACCAAUUAUAUUAAGUGUUACCAUUGCAUUAUGAACUAGGCUAGAGUGAUAUGGAAACCCUGCAUCAACUGGACUGCCUGGACAUAAACUCAAGAGGACUCAGAGAUAGUGCUAUAACUUUGUCACCAAGAAAUCAUCUAUAGUAAUAAGGGGACUUUAGUACAAAUUAGGGGACUUUAGCCAUAAACCCCAGAAGGAGAACAGUCAGGAGUGGGAAGUCUUUCCAAGCCAUGAAAAAGAGAAAGUGUCAAGGAAGGAAUGUAAGUCCUUCCAGAACUGCACCAGCAACUAGAGUGGCUUCCUGGAGGGAAGGAGUAAAAUGAGGGAAUCCUUAAUAAUUCAGGGUUUAUUAGGGACAUAUUAGUAGCCUUCAGGCCAUUCAUUCAUUUGAAUGGAUCGCUUAAAGAGAGUCUUGACAAUAUGGGUUCUAGCACACUUUUUAAAAAAAUAAUUCUGUCUCCUGGUAGUCAGUAAUACCAACAUCUUUCUUAUUUCCCCCCUUUUUAAAAAAAGUUGUAUCACAUUUAUAUAGUAUCUACCACAAUAGUACUCGGGUAUCAUGAAAAAAUGGUGAAGAAAAUGGUUACUUUGUGGGCAGUAAAUGAGGGUUCUGUUGAAGUGUGAUAGGUAAGUGGUUGCUGGGAAGUAAGAGUAUCUCAAUCCCACUGCACCAUUAAAAAGAUCUGACCCUUAAUGGAUCAGAUAAGCAAGUAGAAGAUGGAUCAAUAGUGUGUUAUAUAAUCCAAAUUGACCCAAAUAAUUCUACCUGAUUAUUCUCCUUUAAUUAUUCCAGCAAUAUUCAUGUUAUUUCCUAGAAAUGAAUCUGGAUGUGAUAUACUAAGAAGAGAGUGAAAAUAUUUCAUUGGUUUCCAAGAUGGUGGCUUUUAGCUAGUAGAGCCAAAAAACAAACAAACAAAAAACAAAAACCCUGCAGUUGGGACCUACAUUGCUCUCUAGGGGAUCAGAUUCCAGAGGAUGGUUUUACUAAUGGGAACUCUCAGAUUUUCUUGUGUAAAUUUGUGAUAUCUGAAAGUAAAUUCCAAGUGAGUGAACUUUUCAAAUCUACAGAUCUUGUUUGUAGAUAAACCUCUCUUAGGAAAUCACAUUUCCAGCAACAAAAAGCUUUGAAGAUAAGUAGUUAUUAACAUGGUUAAGUAGUUCUUAGAUGGCAAGAUAUAGUGAAGCUCACUGCCCCUAAACUGGGUUAGGCCCUAGUGCCUGCAGAAGCAUCUCAAAAAGGUUAUGUGUUCACACACAUGAGUGUGUUUUCCCAAUGGAGACAAUUCUUUCCUAGACUUCUCAGUGGCAUAAACAGGACUUGUGAUUAUGUGUCAGGUCAGAAAUUGAGUCUUUUUCCCAGUAAGCUUCUUUGAAAGAGUAAAUAAUGUUGAAUGGAAAUUAGUCAAAAAGUUAAAAAUGAAAGAGUUUAGUGUUUCAUCUCAUUCAAUGUAAAUACAAAAGGACUCAACAUCAGUCAUGACACAGAUAGACUGCAAAGCAUAACAUAGAACUCAAAGAACCCACUCUUUUUAAAAAUAUCUUAAGGAGGGACAGUCAGAGAGGUGUGUGGUUACCUCUUUAUUGUUGGAGUAAACCCAGGAAAAAAGACCUCAGGGCUCUGCUGCUAAAUGAAGCUGGAUCAUCUCUCUUUUUUCUGGAAUGUCAAGAGUGAACAAAACAUUUUUUUUUCAAAAGCCCUACAGGAAAAGAUGUAAAUACAAGUUUGUUCUAGAGCUAUCUAACUCUUCUUUCAAAACUUGAAUUAUUUAUUCAGUGGUAAUUGUUGUUCAUUUAACUAUUUUAUUCAGUUAUGUGGCAUUAGAAGAAAUGGUCAUGAAAGCUCAUUAGCAGGCCUGUUCUGGCACUGGAAGGGGAAAACAUUUUCUCCAAGCACUGGACAAGCAAACCAAACGAAAUAACUAACCACAUAAUACUUGAUGACAAAAAUAAGUUCAAAGGGAGAAAUUCAGGGUUGGCUGAACACAAACAAAUAACUGCCAUCAAUAUCCCUGCUUUCUGGAAAGAGCAUGAGAGCUAUUUAAAGAGCUGAACCUAUUGAUAACUUGUCUUAUGGAAGUUUUUUGUUGUUCUUUUUUAAGGUGGCAUACUAUAAGAUAUCUUUAAACAGUGAAAAAAUAUUUUUGAUUUUUUAAACCUCCCUUUAGACCUUUCUCCAUCUUUUUCAUUUAAUAUUAUGUAAAGCCAGUUAGGGAGCGAGGGAAGAGAGUAUAUCACCAUCUCAAAUAAAACUAACCUUUCAUCACUAACCGAAUGUCAGUUACAAUAAAGUCUCACGCCUGGCAUGUUAGGGGAUGGAGAAGGUAUGUGUGUACAUGGGGUUUGGGGUAUGUCACUUUAAACAAAAUUUCACUCCCCCAUUCCCUUUGGUUCUUCUUCCUAAGACCUAUUAGUGAAAUAUGUACAUUAUUAUUUGAGUAAAAACAGGGUAUGAUUGCACUCUCUCCUCAAAAAUAAAAAGAAACAGAAAUAGUCAUCUAUAAUAGAGUACCCUCUGCAUUUCAAUUGGCUUGGAUGCCAGGUACUGGACUGAUAAUUCACGGUUAGCAUUAUCAGAAAUGUUUGUGUUCUUCAGUUUUCUGAAAGGGAAAGCUCCUGACAAAACCUCUUUGGGUAUAUAUGAACAUUGAUGUACAUCCAAUGAAGAAGAACCCAGCACCCACGGGAGACCUACAUGAGGAGGAUGUUGAGCCAGUUGCUCAGGCAGAAAUGACAGUGGACAGAUGUUGAUUAGCUGAAAGCAUUAUUUUAAAAAAGAUGAAUAGCAAAGAAACUGCGUCCUUAGUAUGACUAAUAUUGCAAUGGGGCCAGCUAUUUCCUAUCAGAUUAACAAUAAAUGCAAGUCAAUCAGUCCCAGAGAUACCUCAGUAAGCCUACUCCCCUACAGUAGCAAACUUGACGUCUGUUAUGUGUAGUCUCUCAGGCCAGAAACCCUUCUGUUUCUAUGAGAAAUUGUCUGUUAACACUGCCGGCUGUUGUAUGUCUUUUAAUUAAAAGAAAAUAUUUCAUAAAACUGUAGAAGCUGCAGACAGCCUCAUUUAUUUUUAUAGAGCAGUGAUAAAAAUAGUGUAUCUUCCUCUCACAUACAUACAUACAUACACACAUGCCACUCCUUGUCCCUGGCAAAUGGUUAUACUUUGGGCAGAACAAAAUUUUCCCAAAGUCACAAGCUGAAAAAGACUCUAAGCCUCUAUUUUAUAGGGAAAAGUCAAUUUUACCUCCACAGGCUUCCUCUGGAAUUCACUUUUGCUAAAAUUAACCUGGCAAGUAAAUGGUCAACUAGCUAAAGAUCACAGAAAUUAUUUCUACUAAGGAAUCAUUUGGUGUCCAGUUUUAAAGCUCCUUUUUCAUUAAAAACGAAAACAAACAAAAAACCCACCUUUUCCUGAUAGCCAGAGUUAGUGGAGCUGAUGUAUAUUUUUAUUCUCACAGGCCAUUUCUUUAUACCACUCUGUGACUCAGAGGAAAACAUUUUCCCUUUCAUCUUGUAACCUCUGCCCAUUUUUUGCCCACUUUCUCACCAAUCUACUCUGUGAUUCCUUUCUUGAUGCCAUCCUUGAGCCCUGAUGAUUGAUCCCUUAUAAGCCAUAGUGGGCCCUUAAGGUCCUGUACCUCACUUUGUGAAAUACUGAUCUAAGCUGUCCCCACAAAUAUAAGAAUGAAUUCUUCAUUAUGUAGCCAAGAGCUUUGGCCACGGUUUAGGGGUUUUGUUAGCUGUUGGGUUUUUUUGUUUUUGUUAUUUUGUUGCUUUGUUUUUAGCAUUUCACCAAAAAUCUCACAAACUUACCCUAUGUAUCUACUAUAUUUAAGUUUUCCCAAAAGGAUAGAUUUCACGUACCAUGUCUUCUGCAUAGUAUUGAUGGAUGAGAGGCCGGUCUUCAAUGAAUCCCGCAACCCUUGUAAACAUACACACAACAAACAGUGUGUGAUUCAGUUUUCCUAUAAGAAAAAAAAGAUAAUUGGAGGUUUGAUUUUUUUUUACCAACAAUUAAACUUCAUUUUCCAAUCAUUCUUUUUCAGUUCAGUUUUUUUUUCUUCUUCCAGGCCUCAAAUUUUCAAGUGUUAUCAUAUUUAACAUCUUUUAAAACAGGGUCUAAUGGAAUAGCAUAUCUUCUGAAGAGAAAGAUGAGGGGUGUACAGCAUUGAAAGGCUAGUUUCUAGUUUCUAGUGCUUUUGCCAUCCUGCUAUAUGAUCAAAAUUCAUGUUCUGUGAUAGGAUAUCAUUUUUUCCCUACCUUUGUUCCUUCAAGGGCAGUUUCUCUUUUAAUGCUCCAGUGAGCCUUAUCCCAAUAAUCAAAAGUGGUUCUUUUUCUACAAAGUCAUUCUAAAAAGGGUAACAAAACAGGGAAACAUACUGGAAGCAACAGUCUAACAUGUCUCAAACCAUUUUGUCAUGACUCUUAUUUCCAUUUCUAAUGCACAGAUAUUUCUUCUUAACUUAGAAUUCUUUUUUAUGUUUCCUAAGACAUAAACACAGUUUUCAGCUUUGAUUUGCAAUGUUUUCAAUGAAUAGGGUUUGCGUGUACUCCCUUUUUUCCUGAAGGGAGAUUCACUUGCCCUGUAGCUUUCUGAUCUCUCAGGGGCUUGAGGAAGGGAGUGAGGAAACACUACCCAAACCAUAGCACUCUGAAGACUGACUGACACCUUUUGGGAUAACCACAGUACCCAACUGGGAACAUUAUUUUCUAAGUGUAGAUAUGUAAGCUGUUCUUUUAAAGUAAGGUACUAUGAAAUAUGUAGCAUAAACUGGUACUGCUGUUAAAUGGGUCGAUUAUUAAACUGAGCAGCUGUGUGUAGGCAGCUAACUUUGAAUGUGCACCCACCAAAGGCUGGUGUGUCCACAUCUUCACGCUGUGUGUACUAGUUGCCCAGUGUUUUUUGCAUGUUACAGUUACAUCCUUCAAAAACAUUUUGGUAGGAUUAGAUCCCUAUCCCUUACCUUGACUCCAAACAAGAGAAUGAUAGCAACCUGAAGGCCAAUCCAUAGCACAAACAAAAUAUCAAGUUAGUCUUUUCUUCCUUAUAUCCACCCCCAUCCUCUCCUCAAAGCCUUUAUAGUGAGAUCCAUUUAAGUAGUAAAGGUGAGACAUUACCUAAAAGGCAGAGGCUGAGGGUAUCCUCUCCAUGUGUAUUCAUUUUCUAAUGUUCUGAACUUGUCAACAUAAAAUAAGCCCUCACCCUUGUGAAGUAUCUUCAAGGAACAGAGAUGUAGCAACAGCACCUUUUUGGGUAAGAAAUCCAUAUUUCAUUUAAAGCCCUACAUUCAAAGUUAGCUGCCUUUUUUUUUGAAAUAAACAAAAAAAUACUACUGUAUGUUACUUUGAAAAUGUGAAUAGUAUUUUUAUAGCUUGUUAAAGACAUGGCUAGUUGCAUUUGUAAAUAAGGGUAAUGUUGCUUUUCUUUUCUUUUGUGGACAUCUUUAAUUGGAACAUAAUUGUCUUUAGGGUUGAUUUGUAUAUAAGUAAUUGGCUUGUGAUUUUUUUCUUUUUGGUUGGGAGGUAUCAUUUUGACAUUCUGUGUGAUUCCGUGUUUAGCACUAUUGUGGCGUGUUCAAUUUCUGCAUUUGCUUACACAAUAGGAUAUGCCGAUUGUGUGUGGUGUAAUGUUCUUUUAACAUUUUUUUUCUAUUUCAGCUAUGAAGGAUUAUGCACUUAACACGUACUAACUUUUUAAUAUUAGGUAUAUAUUUUAGUAUAAUUUCCCCCUUUUCUUUUGUUUUUUUUUCUCAAAAAAAUCACAUUUCCCCUUUACCUUUUUUUCUGUUGUUUGAGAAUGAGGGAGAAACAAUAUCAUUAAUUUGUGUGAUUUAGGCUCUAUUUCAGUUCUUUCUCAAGUUCCAUCUUUUGGGUCUUGGGUAAGAGCUUUACUUGUUUAAGGCAAUUGUAGAAUGUGACCUGCUUUGCCUCAUUCCACUCUGAUCAUCCCAGCUGAACAAUUUGAAAACUGUUCUGCUUUUUUGUUACAUGAAUCUGUCAGAAAUAUAUUUUUAA